GUCAAAUUCUGUCUUAGGAGGAUAUAAAAUUUCAACAAUAAUAGUUUAGGAAUGACGAAGAUAUUUAUUUGAUUGUUCGCGUUUUAGCAAUAAUCUUUACAUAUAUUUACGGCAUGUAAUAUAAGGAAUGAUGGAAUUGAAUCGUUAUUACGCGCCUCGAGAAUUGUCAAAGUUCUGUCUGUAUCAAAGCUCGAACCUGUCACGGCGGUGAACGCCAGUCAACGAGUGCUGACGAAUACCAGAUAUCGUGUGAAAUUUUUUUCUUCUGAUUCCAUUCUAAAUGUCAGAAGAGAAUGAAGCGUGUUGCCGGUCGAAAUUUGAAAUUCAUAGUAAUCACGUGUUAUUGCUUGUGUAUAACGAUAACAAAUUGUGAUGAUAAUUUGAUUAUUACAAAACGCAAUUUGUUAAAGUCGAUUCCUGAAUCGCGGGCUGGUAACCCGUCGAAACAUGUUCCAGUACAAUCUUUUAAAAGCACUGAUGAUUCGAAAUUGUCAGACUCUAGUAGCUCAAAACUUACGAACUCAUCACAGGAGAAAAAUUCCCCUAUCCAAAAUGUCGAAGAUAGUGAUAGCGACAUUAAAUCCAAAGAUAAUCGAACCGUAACCUUACUAACUGAUCAAGUCAAAAAGGAGGCAAAUCUUGAUUUGAACGUCACCGCCCCACAAACGACGAUACAGCCUCAAAUACUUGGCCCAAAUUUGUCUGUGAACACAGGUGCGUUGUGGCGUGGCAUUUCUGUUUUCAUGGGUCUGACUGUACUCGUGAUCGCCUAUAUUAUCCUACGUUGCGUAAGGUUAAGCAAAAAUCGUACUCAAAUGGUUCGAAAGUACGGUGUCCUUGCGCACAGGCAAGAUGUUGAAAUGCGGCCAUUGCCAUUGGAUGACGAAGACGAAGACGACACGACUGUAUUCGAUGCCAGCGAAAUAGGGAUCCAUGACAAACAUCGGCAAACUGCGUAGUCACAGAGCGGGACACGAUUUUCAACCAACUCAAUGAAUCAGGUAUGCAAGAUGAGGCAAAUUGUAUUUGCUUUGUACGCUAAGAAACCUUAUAUGUACGAUUGAUAACAAGUGCAUGAGACUGAAUGAAUGUUGCACUAUUGAUGAAUGUUGAACCAAGCAAUGCAAUAUCAAGGAGUAUUUUAUUCCCCUUGUGUGGAAUAUGCCAUUAGAAAUGUAUUGUGAAUUUACCAUUCAUAAUAGAAAAUGCUCUGUAAAUAUGAGUGUAACUACAUGACUAAAUUUGCCUAUCAUGGUUUUUGAGCUUUAUUUUGUAUAAGUUAUGAUAGACACAAAAUUUUGUUAUUAAUGUUAUAUGUAAGUAUAUAUAGACAUAUAUAUAUUUUUUGGCUAUACAAGCACAUUUUAUUCGGUUAAAUAUUCAAUAUAUUAUAAUAGUAAAUCUAAAAUUUUCAUUUUAACCGAAUAAAAAUACUAUUGUAAUUUAUGAUUAAAACUGUGAUCAGAUUUCAAAUUUUUCUGCGCUCAUACGUGUCCUCAAAACACGUGGUAAAUGAGUCGUGUUAAUAUCUAAAGUUUCAAAGAUAAAUAUUAUAGUUGAGUACAGAAUGUCUAUAUUUUAUUUAACACUAAGGAUUUAUAAUAAAAAUAAUGUAUAAAAGAUAAA